UUUUAUAUUUUGUUUUUCUCGCGUCGCUACAAGUAUUCUAAAAUGGAAACUAUCAUUUUGGAUGGGCCCAGUGCUACACCUUUGCCGCAACGCCAGCAGAGGGGCAACAAUCCGGCCAAUAAAGUUAUUGGCAAGCACACUGCACCGAAACAAAAUGAUGGCCCCGAUGGCAGUCCAGCUGAAAAGAAGCCACGGUUUGGUGGCUCCAACAACCAGAAUGGCGGUCCUGCCGGUGGUGGUGCCGCUGGUGGUGGCCAGAAUCAAAAUAAGAAUUUCGGAAACAAGGGUGGAUUCGGCGGCAAUCGCAAUCGCAAUCGUGGAGGAAACCAAAAUAGACAAAAUUUUCAGGGUCCAAAUAACGCAAAUCAAAAGUCUACCACUAAUGAAGCAGUGAAGCCGGACGCCGGAAAUGUCGCUGAGAAAGUUAAUGAAUCUGUGGCUGUAAUUCAGCAGCCAGCUCCCAAUGCAAACCAAGGUCCAGGGCAGGGUCAAGGACAAGGGCAAGGUGGUUUCCGCGGUGGUCCGCGCGGCGGCGGAGGAGGAGGCGUUGGCAAUAACCAAGGAGGUGGCGGCGGCGGCAAUCAUCCGGGAGGUGGCGGUGGCGGCAAUCAUCCAGGAGGCGGUAACAAUCAUCUAGGAGGCGGUGGCCAUCAUCCAGGAGGCGGUGGCAAUCACCAGGGAGGCGGCGGCGGUGGCCAGCAACAGCAGCGUGAUCGCGGUAAUCGCGGUGGCGGCGGUCAACGAUCGGGCGGUGGCCAAGGCGGACCCAACAUGAGCAUGAUGGGCGGCGGUGGUGGCGGUCCCCGCGGAGGCGGUGGCGGCGGCGGCGGUGAUGAUUUCUUUAUUGGCCAACGUCUGCGGGCUAUAGCUGGACCCACACUGGAGCUGCCACCCGUAGAGGUGCCCGAGGAGACGAAAUUCUCUGGACGCAAUCGCCUGUAUGUGGGCAAUCUUACCGGCGACAUCACCGACAACGAGCUGCGCGAAAUGUUCAAACCAUUCGGGGAGAUUGGCGAAAUCUUCUCCAACAUUGAGAAGAACUUUACAUUCCUUAAGGUCGAUUAUCAUGUGAAUGCCGAGAAAGCCAAGCGCGCCCUGGACGGUUCACUGCGCAAGGGACGCCAGCUACGCGUCCGUUUCGCGCCCAAUGCAACCAUCUUGCGCGUGAGCAAUCUCACACCGUUCGUGUCCAACGAGUUGCUGUACAAAUCUUUCGAGAUAUUCGGUCCCCUCGAACGGGCCAGCAUAACUGUUGACGAUCGCGGCAAGCAUACGGGCGAGGGUAUCGUCGAGUUUGCCAAGAAGUCGUCAGCCAGCGCCUGUCUGCGUUUGUGCAAUGAGAAGUGCUUCUUUUUGACGGCCUCACUGCGGCCCUGCCUGGUGGAGCCCAUGGAGGUGAAUGACGACAACGAUGGUCUGCCCGAGAAGGCCCUCAACAAGAAGCUGCAGGACUUCAAUCAGGAGCGUAGCGUUGGGCCACGCUUUGCCGAUCUCAAUUCGUUUGAGCACGAGUACGGCUCCCGUUGGAAGCAGCUGCACGAUCUGUACAAGAGCAAGCAGGACGCCCUUAAGCGCGAGCUCAAAAUGGAAGAAGACAAGCUAGAAGCUCAGAUGGAGUACGCUCGGUAUGAGCAAGAGACUGAGCUCCUGCGUCAAGAGCUGAGAAAGCGAGAAGUGGACAACGAACGGAAGAAGAUGGAGUGGGAAAUGCGCGAGAAGCAGGCCGAGGAUAUGCGCAAGCGCGAUGAGGAUACUAUGCGUCGCCAUCAGAGCGAAAUGCAGACACGCAUGGUGCGUCAGGAGGAGGAUAUGCGUCGUCGCCAGCAGGAGAACACGUUGUUCAUACAGGCACAGCAGCUAAACUCGCUGCUCGAUCAGCAGGAGGGCUGCGGCGGUGGCGGUGGAAACAACUCUAGCUUUGACAAUUUCGGAGGCAGCAGUUCUCCCUUUGAAGUUUUUAGAGGCAACAAUAACAAUUCAACCAUGACUGGAAAUAACUCUGGUCCCGGCGGACCCAACAAACAGGACUCCUUCGCAUUUGAAUUUGGGGUUAACAAUAUGAACCAAGGCGGCAAUCAGCGCGGAAAUAAUGGCGGAGGAAAUAAUGUCCCAUGGGGACGUCGUCGUUUUUAAGACAAAAACACAACUGGAUUAAUCAUAUAUAUGCACACACACAAACACACACAUAAACAUAAAAUGCGGAUGAUAUAGUUAAACACUUAGUCUUGACAUUUUCCCUCCUGUCGCGAGUGAAAUAUUCGAAACAUUAAAACAUUAAUUUUGUCUGUUGACAGAAAAAAAAAAAUAAGCCAGCGUCUUUUAUCUUUAGUAAACUGAAAUGCUUAGAUUUAAUACUGUCACACGAUCCCCAACAAAAAAUAAUAAAAUAAUCAAAACGUCGAUCGAUCGGAUUGAUAACCAAGGAAGCCAAGCGAAACGAUGAAGAAACGCAUGCAAGAAAUGCCCCGCGUGCAGCGUGAGAAAAGGGAGAAACAGAUGCAUUGAAAGAUAAUUCCCAUCCCAUUUUAACCAUUAUGUACAUCUAUUUAAUCAUAUGAUAAUUUUAGAGAUAUAUAGUGACUAUAUUCUGCAGUAUGUCUACCUUUCUUAUUUUUUUUUUGUCUAUCAUUCGAUU